AUGCGACGACGAACUGAAUUUGAGAAAAAUAUGAGACGAACACCUCCAUCACCAACGCCUCGUUUUUCACGUACAUUCGAUUUACUUUUGAGUCGAUUUCCUGAUUCUGCAAAUUUAUCAGCGAUUUCAAACAAUACAACACCACCUAUUAUGUCAUCGUUCAGAGGUAAUUUUCAAUCGGAUGAAAAAUCUGGAUCAAAACCAGGACAAUGGCGAGCACCCGUUUCAGCACCAUUAUGUGCACUUUGUAAUAAAACUGUUUAUCCAGCUGAAGAAGUCAAUGGUGCUGGUCAAAAAUAUCAUAAACUUUGUCUUAAAUGCACAUCAUGCAAUACAUUACUCACUUCAGGAAGUUUGAAUGAACGUGAUAAAAAAAUUUAUUGUGUAGGAUGCUAUCGUCGUCAAUUUGGUCCGCGAGGAGUUGGUCGUGGUCUUGCAACUGCAUUACCAACUGAUUUAGAUACGCCACCUAGUAGUCCAAGUUCACAUAGAGAAGAAAAUGAUUCUAUUAGUGAAUUAAAUAAUAGUGAUGAUAUUGGUUUUCAUCGAGACACAUCAAUAGGUUCAUCACCAUCUCGAACUUCAUCAGAUGAUGAUUCACGUCAUACUAAUAGUUUACCAUUUACUACUCAAGUAACAACAAGAGAAAAACCAACAACUAUCAAUCGACCAUCAUCAACUUUAACAAAUAUUCCAGCCUUCAAAAUGAUGAACAUAUCACAAAAUAUUUGUCCACGUUGUUCCAAAACUGUUUAUUCUGCUGAAGAAGUUAAAGCUGCUGGAAAAGUAAUAACAAAAUAUGACAUAUUUUAUUUUAUCUCAACAUAA